UCUUCAGCUUUGACCAGUUGCACUUUUUACGUUCUCCAAUUCUCUCUCUCACUUUGCCUCUUAGUCGUUUUUUUUUGUUUGAGUGUACUUUCAUUUUUUUUUCUCUCUCCAUUUUCUUCGCCGGUGCCGGCAUUCGUCACCGGAAUUCAUCCCUGAAACCCCUUUCGUUACCUCAACUACCGGUUCCUUCGAAGAAUUCGGAUCAACCGGUUCAAAACUCGAUUUUCUAACGGUCCAAUUCAGUUUCACAUGUUGAAUUGAAAACAACAACAAGAAGCGAGUUUGACUUGGAAUCGUGAAAUUAGUUUCUUAGGUUUUGAUUUUUUGCGAAGUGGAGUGGAUCAGCGAGGUUCCUUUUAAGAGAGAGAGAGGUUUUGGUUUUUGAUGUGAAGGUGAAUGGUUGUUCAGAGAAGAAGUGAUUGGAGUUGUUUAUGAUGACCGGAACUCCGGUAAGGGAUCGGAGACGGUGGUGUCGUUUCGGUGAAUCUCUCACAUGGAAUGGCAGAUCUUGUUAGUUACGGGAAUGCUGACCGUGACAUUCACCAAACAUUGAUUGCUUUGAAAAAGGGGGCUCAACUGCUUAAAUAUGGUCGUAAGGGAAAGCCAAAAUUUUGUCCGUUUAGACUCUCCCAUGAUGCAUCAUCUUUAAUCUGGAUUUCAAGUGGUGGCGAAAAAAAUCUGAAGCUAUCUUCUGUCUCACGAAUCAUUCCUGGACAAAGAACUGCUGUUUUCCAACGGUACCUGCGUCCUGAGAAGGAUUACGUGUCUUUCUCACUUAUUUAUAAUAACGGAAAGCGAUCCCUUGAUUUGAUUUGCAAAGAUAAAGUUGAGGCAGAUGUGUGGAUUUCUGGUCUCAAAAGACUGAUAUCGUCUGGUCAAGGUGGUCGGUCAAAAAUUGAUGGAUGGAGUGAUGGGGGCCUUAAUAUUGAUGAUAGCAAAGACUUAACAUCCAAUAGUCCUAGUGAAAGUUCAGCGAGUGCGUCACUAGACAUCAGUUCUCCUGACAUUUCUGCGAGUCUUCCAAAUACGUCACCAAAGUUCUUUCCGCCUGACACCACCUUAAAUUCCGAAAGGUCACAUGCACCAUCAGACUCAACAAAUAUGCAAGUAAAAGGAUCUAGUUCAGAUACUGUUCGUGUUAGUGUUUCAAGUGCCCCCAGCACAUCUAGUCAUGGAUCUGCACCCGAUGACUAUGAUGCUCUGGGGGAUGUAUACAUAUGGGGGGAGAUUAUCUGUGAAACUGUGAAAGUCGGUGCUGAUAAAAGUGUCCAUUGUUUCAGCCCGAGGGCAGAUGUGCUUCUCCCGAGACCACUGGAGUCCAAUAUAGUUUUAGAUGUACAACAUAUAGCAUGUGGUGUUAGACAUGCUUCGUUAGUCACUCGGCAAGGUGAAGUUUUUACGUGGGGUGAAGAAUCGGGAGGACGCCUUGGUCAUGGUGUUGGGAAGAAUGUGGUUCAACCUUGUCUAGUUGAAGCGUUGACUUCUACAACUGUUGAUUUUGUUGCGUGCGGGGAGUUCCAUUCCUGCGCUGUUACAAUGACCGGGGAACUAUAUACAUGGGGUGAUGGUACUCAUAAUGCGGGGCUGCUUGGUCAUGGAUCUAAUUUUAGUCAAUGGAUGCCAAAGAGAAUUGAGGGUCCAUUAGAGGGACUUCAAGUUUCAUCUGUUGCUUGUGGUCCAUGGCACACGGCCUUGAUUACUUCAACGGGGAGGCUCUUCACAUUUGGCGAUGGAACGUUCGGUGUCUUGGGACAUGGAGAUCGGAAAAAUGUUUCAUAUCCUAGAGAAGUGGAAUCGUUAUCAGGGUUGAGGACAAUAGCCGUUGCAUGUGGAGUGUGGCAUACUGCAGCUGUUGUAGAGGUUAUUGCAACGCAAUCUAUUGCUAGUUUAUCGUCAGGUAAAUUAUUUACUUGGGGCGACGGAGACAAAAACCGUCUCGGGCAUGGGGACAAAGAGGGACGGCUUAAACCAACUUGUGUGCCCGCAAUUAUUGAUUAUAAUUUUCAAAAAAUUGCUUGUGGCCACAGUUUGACAGUAGGGCUGACAACAUCUGGACGUGUUUUUACCAUGGGAAGUACCGUUUACGGUCAGCUUGGAAAUACUCAGUCUGAUGGAAAGCUGCCGUGCUUAGUUGGAGAUAAGAUUGCAUCAGAGUCCAUUGAAGAAAUUGCUUGCGGUGCAUAUCAUGUGGCUGUUUUAACAUCCAAAAAUGAAGUUUAUACUUGGGGUAAGGGUUCAAAUGGGAGAUUAGGUCAUGGAGAUCUCGAAGAUAGAAAAACACCAACUUUGGUUGAAGCAUUGAAAGAUAGACAUGUGAAAUUUAUUGCAUGUGGUUCAAACUACUCUGCCGCCGUAUGCCUUCAUAAGUGGGUAUCCAGUGCUGAGCAGUCACAGUGCUCUGCUUGUAGACAAGCAUUCGGCUUCACUCGAAAGAGGCACAAUUGUUAUAAUUGCGGACUUGUGCAUUGCCAUUCAUGUAGUUCAAGGAAAGUAUUAAGAGCAGCACUGGCUCCUAAUCCUGACAAGCCAUAUCGUGUGUGUGAUUCUUGUUUCACCAAAUUGAGCAAGGUUGCAGAAGCUAACAGUAAUAAUCAGAGGAAUGCUUUGCCGCGUCUUUCAGGUGAAAACAAGGACAGGUUAUUAGAAAAAUCCGAUUUAAGAUUAUCUAAAGUUGUUAUUCCUUCAAAUAUGGAUUUGAUAAAGCAGCUAGAUAACAAGGCAGCCAAACAAGGAAAGAAAGGUGAUACGUUCUCGCUAGUUCGCAACUCUCAAACACCUUUGCUACAGCUGAAAGAUGUUGUCUUCUCCACUGCUGUUGAUCUGAGACGAACAGCUCCAACUCCAAGACCAUUGAUUGGAUCAUCAGGAGUAAGUUCUAGGUCCGUGUCCCCUUUCUCUAGAAGAUCAUGCCCUCCUCGCUCAGCUACACCUAUUACAACAAUGGCGGGGCUUUCCUUCUCCAAAAAUGUUGCUGAUGGUUUGAAAAAAACAAAUGAACUUUUAAAUCAAGAAGCAAAUAAGUUACUUUCUCAGGUCGAGAGCCUGAAAAAGAGAUGUGAGCUGCAAGAAUUAGAGCUUCAAAGGUCUGCAAAAAAGAUUCAAGAAGCUAUUGCAGUAGCUACUGAGGAGUCUACUAAAUGCAAAGCUGCAAAAGAAGUUAUAAAGUCACUUACGGCACAGCUGAAAGAUCUUGCUGAGAGGCUUCCUUCUGAAGUUUAUGAUGCCGAAAAAAUUAGACCAGCUUACCUUCCAAAUGGUAUCGGCUCCAAUGGCGUUCACUAUCCAGUUACAAAUGGAGAGCGGCACUCAAUAGCGGAAUCAAUUAGUGGCUCUAGUUUAGCCUCCAUAGGACUCGAACCCUCUCUCUUUGACAGAACUGCACGUAAUUUGCCAGGAGCCUAUGGAACAAAUCUCCACCAGCAAAUCCAAGGCAUUAUGAUCUCUAACGGGACCAGUAAUUAUCCAGAUGUUAAAUUGCCAAAUGGCAGCAGCGUGAUUCAGUCAAGUAGUAGUAGCAUGUCAGAUAUUGUUGAUGGUAUGGAUUCUGGGAAUUUCCGUGAUGACGCGAGUGGUUUGAAAUCGACAACUGCAUUGGCCACUAAUAGCAAUCAAGUUGAGGCAGAAUGGAUUGAACAGUAUGAACCUGGUGUCUAUAUAACACUGGUGGCCAUGCAUGAUGGAACAAGAGAUCUGAAACGAGUGCGUUUCAGCCGGAGGAGAUUUGGAGAGAACCAAGCCGAGAAUUGGUGGUCAGAGAACCGAGAAAAGGUAUACGAAAAAUACAAUGUUCGUAGCGUGGACAAGUCUUCUACCCAAGCAGCACAUAGGGCAGAGGAUGCUGGUUCUCCUGUGUCCCAAAUUUAGGUAAAGUAGAGGGAGGAAAAUUCUUCUUUAACCCCUUUUGUCACAAUGAGGAAGUUGUAGGGAAGCAAAAAUGAAUAUCAAGAAACCACUCAAACUCAGGAGUCUACGAAAACUCGUGGAGUGUCUGUAGACUCGACUCAAACUCGGGCAAUUUUACAAGUUGGCUCGAUUGUUUAACAAUCAUGGUUAUAUUAUUUAUUAUGUCUAUUCUUAUUCUUAUUCUCUUCACAAUCUUUUUACCCUUUCCUUCUUUUUUUCCACAAAUUAGUUGUCUCUUAUAUUGUAGUUUAGUGUAUAUAAAAUCAUCAGUUCACAUAAUUUCGGUGCAGGAACAACCCUUACCCAUUUAACCUUUUAUUUUC